AUGGACCACUCGUCGCACGCUCACCACAUGGGCAUGGACCACCAUGCCGAAACCGAGGCGGCGGCGCGAUGCAGCAUGAACAUGCUCUUCACGUGGAACACGGAGAACCUGUGCAUUGUGUUCCGGCAGUGGCACGUCCGCUCGACGGUAGGACUGAUCUUCUCACUGCUGGCCAUCGUGGCCAUCGGCGUCGGCUACGAGGCGCUGCGCGAGGGCAUCCGCCGGUACGAGGCCGCGGCGAACAAGCGGGUCGAGACGGCACCUCGUCAGAACAAGGAUGAGGUGACGCGGCAGGCCCAUGUCAUCAAGGCCGUGCUGUACGGGGUCCAGAACUUUUACGCCUUCAUGGUGAUGCUCAUUUUUAUGACCUAUAACGGCUGGGUAAUGGUUUCUGUCUCGGUGGGAGCCGGGCUGGGAUAUCUGAUUUUCGGCGGCCGCACCCCGCUCACCAAGGAAACGGCGUGCCACUGA